AUGCUUUUGAUCACAAUACCGUCUAUCGAUUCGUCUAUUCGUAUUAUUGACGAUUGUCAAUUGUUGAUUGUGGGUGGUACAACAUCAGCUUUGGGUGCAAUAAUAUCUGCUUCAAAAUUCCUCAAUUCACGUACAUGUCUAUUAGAACCAACUGAUUGGAUUGGUGGACAGUUAACAGCUGAACUACUAAGUGCACCUGACUUUGCUUGGCAUACAAUAAGAGAUACGGAUAAUUUUACUCUCAAUGUUCGUGCUAUCGAUCAACAACUAAAUAAUCAAAAUCCUCUUUUUUCAGAAAUGCUUGCUGUUCUUGGAAAUACUGGUGGUUGUCAUGUAUCUCCAUCGUGUUCUACUCCUUCAUUAUUUCAUUCUCAAGCAGUAUUACCACAAGUAAAUAACACUCGUAUAUAUUAUAACACUGUCAUCAAACGUGUUAAGAAAGAUGCAAGUGGUCGUCGAAUAACUCAAAUAGAUGCUAUACAACGUACGUCACGACAAACAGAAGAACGUUGUAGAUUUUUAUCUGAAGAAUUACCUGAUUGGUAUUCUCCAAAUGACAGUGCAUGGUUUACGAAAACUGAACUGUCAUUCACAAAUCUUUCAUUUGUUAUAGAAGGUACAUCAUGGGGUGAAGUAUUGGUACUAUCUAAUGCAAGUUAUCUACAAGGUUUAAUGGAACAAUUUGAUGGUGAUAUAUCUGGUAUUGGGAAUUCAACAUGUGGUCAAGCAUUUACAAUCGGUUUUCUGGAACAAUUACGAGAAAUACCUGUUGAUGAACCACCUAAUCCAUUACCUGAACCAACUGGAGGAACGAAUCAUAGUUUUGGACGUUAUACAUGGGAAUGGGUAUGGACAGACCGAAGAGUAAAUACAUCUGCACUGAACUCAAGCACAAUUGCUGUGAAUGACAUAACAAUACAAAAUUGGGGUGGAGGUAAUGAUUAUGGAAAAGAAUUCUUUUAUCUGUCUCCAUCUGAUGCACAACAUCAACGUGAUACCAAUCAUUGGGAAGGUGGAGUUAAUUUGAAUGCUAUUCAAAAUGCUGAAAGACAAGCUUACAGUUAUCAUUAUUGGUAUCGAGAAAAAGCACCAGCACAAUGGGCAAAUCGAACGGUGCUUAUCAGAUCAUCAUCAUUAACAGGUACAUGUCAUUAUUUGGCAAAAUUACCCUAUAUGCGAGAAUCACGUCGAUCAAUUGGGUAUCAAAACUUCUUAAUGAAUAUUACAACUAUUAGAGGUCGUGCACGUGAUUUACAUGGUUACAUUUUUGAUGAUCGUAUGUGUAUUGGUGCUUAUGAUGCUGAUUUUCAUCGUAUGGCUAAAUGCACUUAUCCAUCAUAUAUGAACAAAUAUUAUCCGAUUCUCCCAUAUUAUAUACCUUUACGUGCAAUGACUAAUCGAGAUAUCGAUAACUUAAUUCCGAUUGGUAAAACAAUGGCACAAUCAUUUUUAGUCAAUUCAGCAGUUCGUUUACAUCCCGUUGAAUUUUCAAUAGGACAAGCAGCAGGUGUAAUAGGAACGUAUGCAGUUCAAAAUAAUUUACUAAGUAUAGCAGAAAUGUUAAAAGAAGAACACUUAAGUCGUGUGCAAUCAAUAGUAAAACAAUUCACUCCAAUAUCAUGGACAAUUGAUGGAAAGCGCUAUCCAGAUGAUUAA